AUGAGACCCUUUCUAAGCAUUCCUUUCCUCACUUCUCCAUUAUUCCUAGUCACCGCAUCCCCUGUAUCUCGCGACGGAAAAGACAGCAGCUUCAACCUGAAGCCCUUUACCGUUGACCUGUCCGAUGGAGUCCCUCACAUGAUUGACUUAGCUGAGAGAACUAGGCUGCCUACUGAAGGCGACUAUUUUGACCCAAAUGCCGGUAUUAGCUUAGAGACAUUGCAAUCCCUGAGAAAGGAAUUGAUCGAGAAUUUCGACUGGAACGCUGAGCAGCAAGAGCUCAACAAGUUGCACCAUUUCACCGCUGAAAUCGAAAACCAAACCAUCCACUUCAUCCACCAACAAUCCGAUAAUCCCGAAGCUAUCCCUCUGGUUCUUAAUCACGGAUGGCCAGGGUCGUUUCUAGAAUUCAUUCCGUUGAUCGAGAAGCUCAGGGAUGACUUCCAUAUCAUCAUACCAUCCCUCCCAGGCUUUGCAUUCUCAUCAGCACCUCCCCCAACCUGGACAGUCGACGACACAGCCAGGCUUUUCAACACGCUCAUGACCAAAGUCUUGGGAUAUCCCAAGUACGCCGCCUACGGCACAGAUUGGGGAUCAGGUGUUGCAUACAGUCUUUAUGCCAAUUUCAAUACCUCUGUGCGAUUGGUUCAUCUCUCAUUCCUACCGUUCGUCCCAUUGUAUAGAACCCAGCUCGCGGCGGAGGGUAUCAAAUUAUCACCUCUUGAGGAAUUUGAGGCUCAAGUCGCUGAGGAGUGGGCUACAACUGGAAAUGCUUAUUACAUGGAGCAAGCAACAAAGCCAAACACCAUCGGCCUCGCCCUCUACGAUAAUCCAGUUGGGCAGUUAUCCUGGAUUGCAGAGAAGCUCAUUGUUUGGUCUGAUCCAAGAACUGGAACCCCUCCGUCCGUUCUGGACCAUAACGAAAUGCUAAAGACCGUUGCACUCUACUAUUUGACUAAGAGCUUUGCAUCAUCCGUAUAUAUCUACUAUUCUAACCCCAAUGGGUUUAUGACAAACUAUACCAAGGCCGAGACUGAUGCGCCAUUGCUCUUCAGCGCGUUUAAGUAUAAUCCCGGGUUUUGGCCACCAGAGCUAGUUGGCCGGGUGGGAAAUCUGGUUUCCUACAAAAAUCACGAGUUUGGUGGACACUUCUCGGGCCUGGAUAACCCUGUUGCGUUGGCUGAAGACUUGAAGGAUAUCAAGAAAUAUUGGGGAAGAUGA